CUCAAUAUAUUUGAAACAACAAUUAAGAGAAACAAAUCUAGCUAAGUACAUUCUCUAGGUAUUAUUAUACGGAGUAGAGAGAGAAGGUUGAAUGAGUCUUCCAAGUUUAGCUACAUUAUUAGCCAAGACAAUUAGCAUAUGGCUGAUCUUGGUAUUGAGCCAUGUUAUUGAGUGUCAUGGUUCCCGAUUGCCGGAAAGGCGUUCAAGAUUGGGCGACCGGGGUAAGCUCGAUGGUCAACUACGUUCACGUCUAUUGCUUUCGCCGGAAGCCGAUUCUCCAUUUAGUUCUUUUAGUCCAUUUUGGCCCGAAUCUUCUGAUCCUCCAUUUAGUCCAUUUUGGCCCGAAUCUUCUGAUCCUCCAUUUAGUCCAUUUUGGCCCGAAUCUUCUGAUCCUCCAUUUAGUCCAUUUACCCCAUUUAGUCCAAUAAUAAGUCCUACAAAUCCUUCAAUCCCUCCAUCUAGUCCUCCAGUUGAAUCUUCGUCUACUCCAUCAAUAAGCAUUAGUCCUUUGGCUAGUCCUCCAACGCAAUCUUCCACUCCAUCAAUUGAUUCUAAUAGUUCAUCAAAUCCUUCAAGACCUUCAGGUUUGCAAGUUGGAUUCUACAGAGGUCAAUGUCCUAAUAAAAAUGUUGAUGUCGAGGCUACCAUUACGGCCAAAGUCCAACAACAUUUCCUCAAGGAUGAAACUCUUCUCCCCGCUCUCCUUCGUAUGCAAUUUCAUGAUUGUUUUGUCCAUGGGUGUGACGCGUCAAUCCUCAUUGAUGGACCUUCCAGUGAGAAAACCGCGUUACCUAAUUUGAGUGUUAGGGGAUACCAACUUAUUGAUGCUUUGAAAGAUGCAGCAGAAGCCGAAUGUCCGGGCAUUGUUUCAUGUGCCGACAUUAUUGCUAUCGCUACUAAACAACUUAUUAAGCUGGGUGGAGGACAAGAAUAUCCAGUACAAACAGGGAGAAGAGAUGGAGUUGUAUCAGUAUCUCAAGAUGUGAUGCUUCCAAGCCCUUUCGCAUCAGUACAAGAAACUAUUUCAGCCUUCGCUGCUGAAAAUUUUAAUCCUGAAGAAAUGGUUCUUCUCUUUGGUGGUCACACAGUGGGAAAAUCACAUUGUACAUUCUUCCAAGAUCGACUUUACGAAGAUGCUAACCAAUUCGAUCCAAAUAUGGAUGCAGACCUACGUCGACAACUAAGUCUUACUUGCCCUAAAGGCACAACAGCAGACAACUUUGCUUUUCUUGAUCAAAAUACACAAAGCUCAAACAUAUUUGACAAUUCUUUCUUUGAUCAAAUCCUCAAGGGACGAGGAAUCCUCCCAAUCGAUCAAGAAUUAGCUCGCGAUCCUCAAACGAGUGCUUUUGUUCUACAGUUUGCCCGAAAUCCUAACUUAUUCAAUGCUAAAUUCGCGAAUGCUAUGGUUAAAUUGCAAUCCCUUGGUAUCCACACUAGUGAUCAUGGAGAGAUUAGGAAAGUUUGUAGUCAAAUUAACUAAGAUCGAUCUACUUAUAUGUUUCUUGUUCAAGAAUUAGAUUACUAACCAUUGUAUUUGUAUAGCCUCAAUUUCAAAAUUCUUGGGUUUACAA